AUGGUCAAAAAACCCGGUUUAGUUGCCUCUUUGAUCGGCUGCGUUCUUCCUGAUCUUCACGCUUCAAUAUCCAAUGGAGUUGCUUCACUACAACGACUGAUAAUAAUGGGCGUUUGGUUGACUGUGGCUUGCUAUUUAAUAGCGUUUUCACCCGCGGCAGCCCUUUUCUGUCGAUUCGUUGCCAAAGAUCCGCUUAGAAUUAUUUUAUUUGUGUUAGGGGCUUUCUUUUGGCUCGCAUCGCUUUUGCUGUCUUCAUUUAUCUGGUUGGCGAUCUCUAUGCUUUGGAAUGCGCUUCCGUUAGCGGUUUUCUGCUCCAUCAUUCUGCAAGAUGCAGCACGGGUCUUUUACUUCUGGCUUCUUAAAAAAGCGCAAAGUGGUCUUAACAAAAUUACCAAACCUGGCUCCGUUUCGAUCGCACCCGGAGUUUCAGACUUGCAUAAUGCUCGACACAUGCUAGCCUUGGUUUGUGGCCUUGGAAUGGGCGUCAUGGCUGCUCUGCUUCUGACCAUGAAUGUGUUCGCUGAGUUUGCAGGUCCUGGUACCAUUGGUCUCCCGCGAGCAAUGAGGGAGGGGCAUCGUGAUGUAAAUUCAGCAGGGACCAACUUACCGUUAUAUUAUGCUUUGUCUGGAUGCUUCACAACACUGUUCAAUGUUGCAUGGACCAUUAUGAUAUGGGAUUCAUGUCAUAAAGUGAACAAGACGCCAUACUGGGCCAUUCCUGGAAUUGCAGCAACCGCUUCGCAUGCUGCAGCCAGUGCCUUAAGCUGGUACAAUUCUGCUGGAUAUCAACCGGCGGUACUUAUAGCUCAAGCUUGUCUACUUCUAAUCUGUAUUCUUUACUGUAAUUACAUCACAGGUUCGACGCCGAAAGCAAUAUUGGAUGGUGUCCAAUCUGCGUUAAUCGAUUGGGUCACACUGAAAUGGGUGCGAGAGAAAUUUUUCAAAAAGCGUGAAACACCGUUCUCGGGUGUUGAAGAAAUGGAAGCAGAAGAAAGGAGAGAAGUCGAUGCGUAACUCCUCAGAACGGUGCUUUCGAUAAGCAAAUCUUACAUAUCAUAAUUACGAUUGAAGAUCAAAUGUCGGUGAUAUACUGCUUCGUCUUGACCGUCUUAACACAUUCCUCUUCUAUUUGAUCUCGUUUCUCUUGAUUAAUUUGAUUCUGAUAAGGGUAUACAUAAUGUUGUUUACAUAUCUGUUUAUUUCCUUUCACUUUUCUGUCUUUUUGUUUGAUUCUGGAAAGGUUAGAGAGAAGUGGUCUAUGCCCUGACUUAUGCUGCGAAACAGUGGCGCGAGAUGAUGUAAUAAAGAUCGUAUGACUCA